GAAAUAGAAGUCACUUCGGUAAACCGCUCUGGGGUCUGCCAGGAGAAGGCGGGACUCACUUCACUGGACUGAUUGUUUAAGUUGCUGUGCAGCAUUUCUGCUACUAACAAAGAAUUUGUUUCCACCGUUACACUGCUUUUGAAUAAACCUGAAGAUGCCAGCCGGUACCUUGGAAAGAACAUCUCCAUCCGCUGUGGCUGCCACUCCGGCAAGUGGGGAGUCCACACCCGAAAAACCCCGGACCCCGACAGAAAACAGAAAGUCCUCCAAACCAAUCAUGGAAAAGCGGAGACGUGCGCGCAUCAAUGAGAGUCUGGGCCAGCUGAAGACCCUCAUCCUGGACGCGCUCAGGAAAGAUAGUUCCAGACAUUCCAAACUGGAGAAGGCAGAUAUACUGGAGAUGACUGUGAAGCACCUCAGGAACCUGCAGCGACUUCAGAUGACUGCUGCUGUGAACACAGACCCAUCCGUCCUGGGUAAAUACAGAGCCGGGUUCAGUGAGUGUGUUGGAGAGGUCACCCGUUUCCUGUCCACGUGUGAGGGGGUGAAUACAGAGGUGAGGACUCGCCUCCUCAGCCACCUGGCGGCCUGCGUGACCCAGAUCAACCCUGUUAACUAUUAUGGACCUCACGUAGGCACACUUGGACUUGGACAGACCGGUACACAGAUUCCAGUUGCCUCAGCCCAACAGAUGCCCUGCAAAAGUGGCUCAGCGAUGCACGUUUCCCCAGAAGCGAUGAAGCUCUACAGCGGCUUCCAGGUUGUGCCGACGCCGGAUGGACAGCUCACUUUUCUUGUUCCAAGUGCAGCUCUCUUACCUCUUAAUGCACAAAACAGCCACCAUAUUUCGCCUGUUGCACCUCCGGUCACCUCAGACUCUGUGUGGAGACCAUGGUAGAAAAUCAGCUCAACAGAUUGUGGGAAAAAAGGACCAUCACACAAUAAUGCAUAUUUUUGUACAUUUUGUAAAUGUUUUUUAAAACCAGCUUGAGAGGGAUGUUUACACACAUUUGUGUUUUUUAUAUGGACAGUAGGAGAUAUUCUUGGGCUUCUUGCUUGCUGUGAUUUUAAGUUUUUGAUAUGGCACAAUUCAUUUGCCUCAGGAGGUCAAGGAUAUCAUUGUAAA